AUGGUGAACGCACGGAACGAAAGCGAAGUCCUUGACUGUGGUGACCAUGAGGAAGAUAUGGUUACAGGGGCUGAAUUCAGAACUUUCCAGCUAGGGAAAAAUCAGCAGGGCGACGAUCCUACGGGUCGUCAACCUUACCAAGAGAGGGCUAAAGUUUUUCAUGAACGUCAUCCAGAGAUUCCAUGUAGGCAGCUAGCCUAUGAGGAUAACCUGAGUGAGGAUGAGGAAGAUGCUGAAGCCAUAAUCCGGAAUAAUUGGAAGGGUUACCAAGGGGAACAGGAUCGACAGACCUUUCGUAUGAAGAUGGAUCUGCCCAGUUUUAAUGGUCAACUUCAGAUCGAGGGGUUUCUUGACUGGUUG